UGUAAACAAACAUGGCGGACCGUUGGCGGCUCUACAAUGGCGGAGGCUCGUUUAACCUAAUUAUUUAAAACCGUCCUACGCGUGAAAAACUCUAAUGCAGAGACAGUGAAGACAUGGAGCAGUACAGUAUCCUGGGUCGGAUCGGAGAAGGAGCUCACGGCAUCGUCUUCAAGGCCAAACACAUCGAGACAGGAGAGACGGUGGCUCUGAAGAAAGUGGCUCUGAGGCGGCUGGAGGACGGCAUCCCGAACCAGGCCCUACGGGAGAUCAAGGCCCUGCAGGAGAUCGAAGACAACCAGUAUGUGGUGAAGCUGAAGGAUGUCUUCCCUCACGGGACGGGCUUCGUCCUGGUCUUUGACUUCAUGCUCUCCGACCUGUCCGAGGUCAUCAGGAACUAUCGGCGACCUCUGACCCCGGCUCAGGUCAAAGGCUACAUGAUGAUGCUGCUGAAGGGCGUGGCCUUCCUGCAUCACAACAACAUCAUGCACCGGGACCUGAAGCCAGCGAACCUCCUCAUCAGCUCCUCAGGUCACCUGAAGAUCGCAGACUUCGGUCUCGCCAGACUGUUCAGCGAGCGGGGAGAGAGACUGUACAGCCACCAGGUGGCCACCAGAUGGUACAGAGCACCUGAGCUGCUGUACGGAGCCAGAAAGUACGAUGAAGGAGUCGAUCUGUGGGCAGUGGGCUGUAUUUUUGGCGAGCUGUUGAACUCGUCUCCUUUGUUUCCGGGAGAGAACGACAUCGAGCAGCUCUGUUGUGUCCUGCGAGUGCUCGGGACUCCAACACAGGAAAGCUGGCCU